AAUCAGUGCACACCACGCCUUAUCUGUUUAACUAGUUUUCAAUGGAUCAUUUCCCUGUCUAAGGUUUUGCAGUAGAAGUGGGGCAAACAAUUAGAGAACAUACAUACAUAUUAUGCCUCCUGUUCAGAUGUAGCUUUUUCUCAGAAAGCAAGUAAAGAGAACAGAGAGCAAGAGAGUGAAAGAUGGCGAGCAGAAAGAAACAUUUACAAAACCCCAGAUCACAGGAGAAGAAUAAACUUACACUGAGCAGACAUGAAAGCAUUGUUAAAAGACUAAAUUAGAAACAACACUGACCCCCACCUCCGUCAAGAUCACUCAUACUGAACACAUAAAAGCCCAGACGACCCCAGCUUGACCUUAUCAUACGCCUGGAGUCAGUUUAAACUGGAUAUGAAGUGGAUUUAACGUCUAAUGAACAGCAGAGCAGUUUACAAGAUGACUUCAACGUCGGACGAGACCAGAGGUGGAAGACCUCAAAAAACUGCCAGCAAAGAUCACAAAAAGCCCACAGCAGAAGCUUUGAGGGGAGCCAUCCAGCUCGGCAUUGGCUACACUGUUGGCAAUCUGACCUCCAAACCAGACAGAGAUGUUCUCAUGCAAGACUUCUACGUUGUUGAGAGUGCCUUCCUCCCCAGCGAAGGCAGUAAUCUGACUCCAGCUCACCGCUACCCUGACUUUCGCUUUAAAACGUAUGCCCCUCUGGCCUUCCGUUACUUUAGAGAGCUCUUCGGGAUUAAACCAGACGACUACCUGUACUCUAUUUGCAAGGAACCUCUGAUUGAGCUGUCCAACCCUGGAGCGAGUAGUUCAUGGUUUUAUUUAACCAGUGAUGAUGAGUUCAUUAUAAAGACUGUACAGCACAAAGAAGCUGAAUUUCUACAAAAGUUACUGCCAGGUUACUACAUGAAUCUGAAUCAGAACCCAAGGACACUCCUGCCAAAAUUUUACGGGCUCUAUUGUGUCCAGUGUGCCAAUGUUAACAUCCGAUUGGUGGUGAUGAACAAUGUUCUGCCCCGAUCUUUGAAAAUGCACUACAAAUAUGACUUAAAAGGCUCCACGUACAAACGCAGAGCCUCACGAAAGGAGCGCACCAAAGCAUCCCCGACAUUUAAAGAUCUGGACUUCCAGGAGAUGCAUGAAGGGCUUUACUUUGAUGCCGACACAUACAACGCCCUGAUGAAGACUCUCCAGAGAGAUUGUCGGGUGCUGGAGAGCUUUAAGAUCAUGGAUUACAGUUUGCUGCUGGGCAUCCAUGUUCUGGAUAAGAAGAUGAGGGGGAGAGGAGGCAGAGGGGACAGUAAGCGUCAGGGUGGACAGAAGGUCCUGUACUCCACAGCCCUGGAAUCAAUUCAAGGAGAUGGCAAAGCUGCCGAGCCCCUCCCAGACGCCAAUGAUGACACAAUGGGUGGCAUCCCUGCUAAACACAAAGACGAGAAGUUGCUUAUCUUUUUGGGCAUCAUUGAUAUUCUGCAGUCCUACAGAUUUAUAAAGAAAGUUGAGCACUCAUGGAAGGCUCUUGUGCAUGACGGCGACACAGUAUCCGUGCAUAGACCAAAUUUCUACUCUGACAGAUUCCUGAAGUUCAUGGGCAGCACAGUAUUUAAAAAGAUUCACCCUCUCCGUGGUGCCUCCUCUAGAAGAAAGAAAAACUCUAUCUAUUCAUGUAAAUCGGCUUCACAGGAAUUUUUACCGAGUCUAAAAGAAGAGAGUAAACAAGAGAGGAAGGCGCAAAGCCUCGAGAACCUUGAUGACAGUGAUACAAACACUCCACAGAAACCUGAUGUUAUUCCAAGCUCGGCAAGCGUGAAUCCAGCCAUUUCAGUAAAAAACAUUUAUUCUGCUUCCUCUGUAGAUGAUGUUAAAGUUGAACUGGAAACAGAUUCAGACAGCAGACAUGAUCAUAGGACGUCCAGUUCAACUCUUGCUUUGGAAGACAGUACUUUACCAAUCUUAAACUCACAGGCGAGCACACCUGAGUCUGAUCUUGAUGUCUAUUUGUGAUACGUGAAGUCUCCUGAAGCAGACCAGAUCACCAAACAUCUACAAAACUGAGAGGCAGAGGACAUAUUUCACACAUGUUGUUAUAUUAUUAUCAAAGUCAAUUCACUUGGUAAUGGCAAACCUUGUCAAAUGCAAGAAAUGCCUCAUCAGUCACUUGCACAGUGGAUUUCUCUAGCUGCUAUUACAUGAGACAUGAGAGAGACCUAGCGGAGUGAUUGCCACACUAUAGUACUGCAAUGCCUUGCGCUGUCUGUGCACCCACUUUCAAGCACAAGUUUGUCUUAAAAUAUUAGUUACAAUCCCAUAGACCCAUGUACUGUGUAAUCACAUGUGUGCAUUGGUUGGUAUGCAUUGUAAAAGGUGUGAUAACUGAUUAAGGCGUGUGCCCAGCACAGAAUAUCGAAUUGAUUAUGUAAUAAUCAUCUUGUGAGUACUCGGUGAUAUUGGCAAGAAUUAAUACAAAUUAAGUGAUCGUGUUUUGGUCAUGUGAUUUUGGUGCACAAUCAACACAAUGGAAUAAUGUAAUCAUAAUGGUCAAUGUUACUUUGUGUAAAGAUUUAUAGGGGUUUGAUAGUGUACGACCUAAAAUCUGUAAAAACUUUUAUAAAAACAUAAUAUAUUUAAUUAAAUGCACAUAAAAUAAUUUAAAUGUACUAUGGACAAUGUUCUGCGGUUGCUAUUGUGGUAUUAAAGGCUGCAUCUUUACACUAUUUCUUACUCGUUUUUCAGUUGUGAGUUUGUAUUUAACAAAAUCUAAAAUUGCAAUUAUAAUGUGUCCAAAAUGCUAUUCACCAGAAAUCUACUAUAGCUACUGUGUUUGUUUUUACUUGGAGCCACUCAGUGUAAUCCUCUAGGGGGCUUAAUAUUGCCCAGUAAGUUUUUUUGGUGGUGUUUUUGCUGAUGUCCCAUUUAUAAUAUUUGAUUAUCUGAUUUCUGAACAUGUAAUAAUGGGCUAUAAAAAUGAUCAUCAAAUCAAUAUAGCCUAUUAUGACUUUGUAUAGUUAAGCCAUUUAUAUUUGCUUUAAAACAUUAUAUAACACACAAUAUAACACCACAGCACUUUUUUUAUGCGUGUAUAGGUAUAUAUUGUUGUUGUUGGGUGUGUGUGUGUCUGUCGUGCAGAAAAGUAUCAGUCAAUGGUUGAAUGAUUCAAUGAUUGAAUGUCUCGCUGAUAACAUAUUUGUCGUCACUAGUGGAGUAAAUAUGAAGAAUCUUCAGAAAUUAAGUUACAUUUUGAUUUUAGUUUGGUGUUAAAAUUAUGAACAUUUGAAUAAGAUGUUUAAAAACCUCGUAAAAAUAUGAAAAUACAACCAGACUACAAUUACAACUUAGACAAAAGCUAACAAACCUAAAUACCAAAUCUCUACCAAAACAUAUAUAUAUUUUU